AACAUCGUUCGCUAAUCGCUAGUGAUGCGGUGAAAAGUUUUAUUUCAUCUAAGUUCUUUUUGUUUAAUAUUGUGUAACCAAUAAACAAAAUAUUAUGAGAUUAAGCUAUGUAAUUUAAAAUCCUAAGGCAAACAGUGACACUUUCCUUUAUUUUGUUUUCAAACGUGCAUAUGCUUUGUUGUGAGAACCUUUAUCUCCUGUCAUAAGCUUAAAUUUUUCGAUAAUGAAACAUAGGUUUUCCGUUGAAUAGUUUUAAGUUUCUCUGUUUCCUCGAAAGAAAAGAGACAAUUUGAUUGUUGAUGUGCCGUUAUGCGAAUAGUGUUUCCAUCCAGAGUAACGAUCUGGAGAAUGUGCGGUGGUGUUUUGUGAACGAAAGGGUCAGAAUCCGUAUUCACGAUGGGGACUGUGAAAGAUGAGGAACGUUUGCGACGACUACGUUUAUUGGAGGAGAAAUUGUGUGACCCUCGUUCCAGUGGAAACGUGGACUGCUUGCUGGAUACCGUCACAGCUCUUGUGUCCGAUUGUGAUCACCCGGCCAUAAGACGUAUGAAAAAUGUCGAAGCGUAUACCAGUAGAUAUGAGCAAUUUGCUUCAGAAAUAGUAGAUCUACGGUUGAAAGCAGCUGAUUUUGACCUUAUUAAAGUAAUUGGUCGUGGUGCAUUUGGUGAAGUACAACUUGUCAGGCAUAAAUCAACACAUCAUGUGUAUGCUAUGAAACUUUUAAGUAAAGUGGAAAUGAUCAAGAGGUCAGACUCCACAUUUUUUUGGGAAGAGAGACACAUAAUGGCCCAUGCUAACUCUGAAUGGAUCCUUAAGCUUCACUUUGCUUUUCAAGAUCAUAAAUAUCUUUACAUGGUAAUGGACUAUAUGCCUGGAGGAGAUUUAGUUAGCCUUAUGUCCAACUAUGAUAUACCAGAAAAAUGGGCAAAAUUUUAUACAAUGGAAAUAGUUCUUGCAUUAGAUGUAAUACAUGGUAUGGGUUUUGUACAUAGAGAUGUGAAGCCAGACAAUAUGUUGAUAGAUAAGUAUGGCCACUUGAAACUAGCUGAUUUUGGCACAUGUAUGAGAAUGGGUCCAGAUGGAUUAGUCCGAGCUAGCAAUGCCGUGGGCACUCCAGACUACAUUUCUCCUGAAGUGCUACAAUCACAGAAUGGAGAGGGAGUUUAUGGCCGAGAAUGUGACUGGUGGGCUGUGGGUAUAUUUUUAUAUGAAAUGUUGAUAGGAGAUCCCCCAUUUUAUGCAGACAGCUUAGUUGGUACUUAUGGAAAAAUUAUGGAUCACAGAAAUUCAUUACAAUUCCCAGAGGACAUAGAUAUAUCAAAAGAUGCUAAGUCUUUGAUUAGAGGUUUGCUCACAGAAAGAACAAAGAGAUUGGGUAAAAAUAGUGUAGAUGAAAUAAAACAACAUCCAUUCUUUGUAAAUGAUCAAUGGAGUUUUGAGAAUCUGAGAGACUCGGUACCACCGGUAGUGCCGGAGCUGUCUGGUGAUGAUGACACAAGAAACUUUGAUGAUAUAGAGAAAUCUGAUGCAUUAGAUGAAUUAUUCCCCGUGCCAAAGGCAUUUGUUGGAAACCAUUUACCUUUUGUAGGGUUUACAUAUAAUGGUGACUAUAUUUUAUGUGGUGGCAGAAUCAAACCAUCUGAUGUUGUAGAUACUAUAUCCAAUAAUCAUGUCAAUAAUGUUGGAUCGGAAGCUAUUCUGCAAUUAGAAAAGCUAUUGGAAAGAGAAAGAGAUUCAAGAAGAAAACUUGAGGACAGGCAAGUCAUGCUCUGUAACCAAUUAGAGGACUUAUCACAGAGGGAAGCCAGGAACAAAAAGAUAAUUACGGACACAGAUAAAGAACUAGCCUUACUAAAACAUGACUUGAAAGAAAUUCAGAGGAAAGCUGAAAUAGAAGCCGAAGCUAGAAGAAAGGCUGAAAUCAAUUAUACAGAAGCAAAACGACGCUUUGAAGAAGAACAAAGUAAAAGAGCAAAAGAAAUGAACAAUCUACACAUUUAUAAUGAAAAUAUCAAUGCUCUUGAAAAACAGUUGAUUGAGAUGAGAGAGAAGUUGAAACAAGAAUCUGAAGCAGCAGCAAAAUCCAGAAAACAAGCUGCAGAAUUAAGUGCUGCCCAGGCUGCUGCUGCAGCAGCUAGUGAUGGCACAAUGGCCAGCUUAAGAGCACAACGAGAUGCUUUAGAAAGAGAGUGUAGUGUUUUAUCUGAGGAAUUAGGUUUAAUGAAGGCAGCUAAACAGCGUUCAGAGGCUUCAGUAGCUGAAGCCACUAGUAGGCUUAAUACUGCACAUGCUGAAUUAGAAAGAUCAACAGCAAGAUUGAACCAAAUUAUAGCUGACAAUAGGCAGCUCUCUGAUCAUGUUUCUUCCUUAGAGAAGGAAUGUGCAUCAUUGAGUCAUGAUUUAAGGACAACCCAACAUAUGUACCAGCAGGAGGUACGAGCACAUCAAGAAACCCAGAGAUCUCAAUUGCUUUCGAAGCAGGAAGCUAACUUGGAAUUAGUCAAAGCACUACAAGCCAAAUUGAAUGAGGAAAAAACUGGUCGACAGAGAGCUGAAGCGGCUUCACAAGAGAAAGACAGACAGAUGUCAAUGUUAAGCGUGGACUACAGGCAAAUGCAGCAGUGCCUGCAGAAGCUGGAGGGGGAAAACAGACAAGAAAGUGAAAAAGUCAUUGGUCUCCAAGCCGCAUUGGAGCAGGAGCGUGCAGCACGAUUAGCAGCAAGCGCGGAGACAGCAACUGCUGAGAGUGCCGCGCGGUCAGCGGCGGCCGAACGGGAGGCGCGCUCUCGAGAUCUCAUUGCUGCUAGAGCGGCGCUGCACGAGACAUCGGAGAAACUUGCCGCAGCCACAGCAGAGAGAGAUAUGCACUAUGCAAGGAGUGAGGAGUUGCGCUCCCAGCUGGAGAGCGAGCAGCACUAUUGCGUGAUGUACCGCACCCAGGCCAACGAGGCUCGCGCGCAGCUGGACGAGAGCGCCCGGGCCACGCGGGACCUGGAGCAGGAGCGAGCGAGCCUCAUGCACCAGCUGCAGCUGGCCAUCGCGCGGGCCGACUCGGAGGCGAUAGCGAGGUCGAUAGCUGAGGAAACUGUUGGUGAACUGGAGAAGGAGAAGACGAUAAAAGACCUGGAGAUGCGCGAGGCCCUGGCGCAGCAUCGCAGCGAGCUGUCUGCAAGAGACGCGUUGGUGCAGGGGCUGAGGGACCGCGACCACGAGAACCGCGCCACCAUCGACCUGCAGCGGAAGGAGGUAGAUGAACUUCGUCGUAGCGGGACAGCCCUGGCUGAGCGCGUGGCAACCCUACAGCGGCUCCAAGAAGAAGUGGAUCGACUCAACAAGAAGCUUAACUCGGAGAUCAUGCUCAAACAGCAGGCCGUUAACAAACUAGCAGAGAUCAUGAAUAGAAAGGACAUGAAUCCUGCGUCAACAAAGAACAAGAGUAAAAUGUCGGUGCGGAAGGACAAGGACUACCGCAAGCUGCAACAGGAGCUCACGCGGGAGAAGGAGAAGUCUGAUCAGCACAUAUCGAAGCUGCAGCGCGACCUCCAGGAGUCGCAGCAGCAGUUGCUGGAGGAGCAGCAGACAAGGCUCAGGCUUGCCAUGGAGGUCGACAGCAAAGAUGCCGAGAUUGAGCAGCUAAAAGAAAAACUAGCCGCCCUUACGUCCGAGACGGCCUCGCAGUCUUCGGCUGACGCAGAGGAUGGCGAGACGGAGCAAACCCUCGAGGGAUGGCUGUCUGUUCCUUUCAAACAGAACAUCAGACGCCACGGGUGGAAAAAGCAAUACGUCGUGGUGUCUUCCAAGAAGAUCAUCUUCUACAACACCGAGAACGACAAGCAGAAUACUACUGAUCCUAUUAUGAUAUUGGAUCUCAGCAAGGUGUUCCACGUGCGGUCGGUGACGCAGGGCGACGUGAUCCGCGCGGACGCCAAGGACAUCCCACGGAUCUUCCAGCUGCUGUACGCGGGCGAGGGAGAGGCGCGGCUGGAGCAGCCCGCCGACGGCGCAGAGAGCGCCGGUAAUACGGUCCAGCACAAGGGCCACGACCUGGUCAGCAUCACGUACCACAUCCCCACCGCGUGUGAGGUGUGCACCAGACCGCUGUGGCACAUGUUCCGGCCGCCGCACGCCCUGGAGUGCCGGCGAUGUCGCAUGAAGAUCCACGCCGAGCACGUGACGGACGGGGAAGGCGUCGCCGCUUGCAAGCUGCACGCCGACCGCGCGAGGGAGCUGCUCCUCCUGGCGGGGGGAGCGCAGGAGCAGCGGCGCUGGGUGGCGCGUCUGGCCCGCCGGGUGCAGCGCUACGGGUACCGCGCGGCGCAGGCGCACGACCACAACAAACUGUCGCCCAGAGACUCGAUGCGAUCGAACCUGAAGAUAGCGUACAUGAACGCGUCACACCGCAGCUCUACAUUGCCUGCCAACGCCUCGCUACCAAGACAGUAGCGACACAAGUACGUCACUACCGUCAAUUUAUAUUACAACUGUAACAGUAUCGAAUUUUAUGGCAAACUCACUCUAAAUUUAUCAUGAACAAAUUCAAACUAAGACUAUGACGUAAUUUAGGAAAGUUGAAAUGAGGGUAGACGGAAAACUUAAAUUAUAUUUUAUAUAUCUUGUUCGUUGACGUACAAUAAACAACUAGACUCGUCAUCAUUUUGUUUAAGCAAUUCAAAUAUAAUUAUUUAGCAAAAUGAUUAAAAAUGUCAAAUUGCUACACAAUUUUGUUAAUUUAAAGGGGCACUAACGUGCAAUACGACACUUCAUCCUUUUAAAGCUGUUAUUUGAACACUUUGUCAUUGCGUGGCGUUGUAUUCAAAGCGCGGUCGAAACACAACUGAACGAAAACUCUGCGUAAUAGAGGCGUAGUUUUUCUUCAGACAAUUUUAGAGUGUGAUUGUGACUCUUGUUGUUUAUUGUAUUCAUUCGGCUUUUGUUGAAACUGACUAUGCGUAUUUAUUAAUAAAAUGAAAGUUUUUUUUUUCAAGAUUUAUUCAAAAUACAAAUCGUCAGAAUAUUUGAGUCAACUCUUGCCAUACUCGUGUUCAAGUUAUGAUGUCUAAAGUAUGGUAAGAGGGCUUCUGUUAGACUGUCGCUGACUAAUACGAAACCUGGUGCAUUAUAAUAACCCCACAUCAAUAGAAUAGUUAUAUAUAUAUACAAUCUGCUGCGUAGGAAUAUAUAUAGUUUAUUUUCUAAUAUAAUUUUGUACAUAAACAGUCCCUAGUCUUGUUUUUAUCAACAUAACGAUAUGUCCAAAUUGUUUUCCAAAUUAUACGUCAGCUGUUAUAUAAAAUAUGUUUGUUCUCGUACUUAUAUCAUUAGUUACGUUUUUAUUGUCGAAAUUUAGCUCAUAAGUGUAGAUCUGAACGUUUUAUAAACUAGCGAAUUGUUUAUACAGGAUGUACUCGUUAAGUGUUGCCAGGCGAUCAUUACGUAACUAUUACAGAUAUCAAAAAACUCUAAACUGAUAUCAAAAGUACGUUACCUUAUCAGUAAAAUGACAUUAAUAACUUUUUAAAAAUUAAACGAGAAUUAUCCAAUAUUUUGAUAUUAAACACUUUCAUACAUUUAGUAUGACACUAGUAGAAUCAUUUUAGUUUCCUUAUUUUAAAAUGUUAUUUUAGCUUAGUACUUAUAUUAAGACUCCGUUUAUUAGCCUAACAAAGUAAUUAAUAUAUUGAAGAAAUAUUUAUUAAGUAGUACAAAAUUUUGUAUUUAAUGCAUAUGUUCGAAGUGACGUUGAUUUCAUUGAAGGAGUGCUUAAUAUUAAAAUAUUGCAUACUUCUCGUUUGAUUUUUAAAAAGUUAUUGAUGUCAUUUUAAAGAUUAGCUAACGUUCUUUCGAUAUCAAUUAAAAGUUUUUUGAUAUCUGUAAUAGUUACGGAAUUAUCGCCUGGACACACUUACCGAUAACACCCUGUAUAAUGAUUCGUGAUCGAUAAUAAAGCGUUGUGUUUUGUAAUCAAUUUAUUAUGAUCGUUGAUGUUACGUUUCUUCGUUUGUGCUUUUGUAGUUGAUUAAAUAUUUAUUAUUGAGAGUUCACUGGACAGACAGACACAGGUCGCAGCUGUAAUGAACGAAACAUUAAGGUUGUAGUGUCACUUUUUCUCUGUAAAUUAUCGUAGACAUAAAAGACAAUAAAUAAACUGAAGUUACUAUGAAACAUGAUGUUAUAUAAAGAAAUGUUUGUAUAUCUUUAGCAUGUUGAUUUUUUUUAACUUCUGUGAUGGCAAAUACACCACCGAAUGAGUGUAGUUUUGCUUGUUUACAAUUCAGUCACUUUUUGGGUUUACGUAGAGGUUUUUUUUUGUCGUGGAUUCACUUUAUUCUGAUUGUGAAUUAUAAUUGGUGUUGAUAUUAUUAUUAUAAUUCAUGCGGUUAUUUUAUGGAUUUCUAACAGAUUCGGUUUUUGUUAUUAUUGGUGCGGAAUGUCGCUUUUAAAUUUGUAGAAGCUUGGGUUUAUAAUGUGACAUAAUAUGACAAUAUUUUAAUGGAGACUUAUUUAUAUUAUUACUACAAGACGUGACUUUGAUAAUUAUUUAACCGCUUUCAGUAUGCGAUCCAAACAUUAGUUAGAGUCUAGCAUCAGUCAAGCAUCCUGAAUCUUCAUUUAAAUGUGUUCUUUAUUUCGAAUAAAGAAAAUGCUAGUCUACAAUAUAACUAGCCUAUAGACGUCCGGACAGCCCGAUAAUGCGAAAACUUAUUAAUUUGCUAAUGUGAGCGUUAGUUUGCGUUAGAUAGUCUAGUAUAUUAUAUAUCUAUGUGUCAUCUUAGAUAGAUGCUCGAAAGAAUUAUCUCAUCAAACUCUAAAAGCUAGUGAAAUUACUGGGCAAAUAAGACUUAACAUUUUAUGUUUCAGGGUGAUGAGCGCAGUUGUAGUGCCGCUCAGAAUUUUUGAGGUCUUUCUAGAAUUCUGAGCGGCACUGCAUUGUAAUGGGUAGGGCGUAUUACCUACAACAGUUAUUUAAACGCCAAAAGCAGGGAAAUGUCAAACGUGUCUCGCCGAUUCAGGAUAAUUAAUAUAUUGGACGAAUGGCAUUAAUUAUAAUUUGAACAAUUAGAUUGCAAUUUUAAAUGUUGCAGUUAAUGUUUAGUCGCUUAUGAGGGCUGGUGUGAUCGCUAAUUAUGUUGCAAAAGAAAAUUAUAAAUAUGCAGUGCAGUUACAGAUGUAUUACUGGAACAGUUAAUUUAAUAGUAGUAUAUGUGACUGUACAUAAUGAAGGGCAUUUGACACGAGUGUUUUAAUGCUAAUUAUAUACAGUUACAUAAACUACUUUAUCUACCCAUAUAUCACAGCCUCCUUGAUGCAUUAAUGAGCCGCUUAUUACGACCAUAACCUACCUGGCGGUAUCUAAUGAAAAACAUUCUGGCAGCUAUCAUACUUUUUUAAUUCGGAGAACAACUAGAUUCGACCCCAAUUAUCAUAUCGUCCGAUAUCAUACUUACGUGCCAAUUACAUUUGUCAAAUUCGUUAGCAUAUUGACAUUUCAUUUUCAUUUCAUCUCGACUGAUAUUAGAAUAGAGUUCAAAUCAAAUUUCAGAUUUUGUUUUUCAGAGAUGUUCGAAAUUUCUAUGAAAUAAUAAUAUUGAAAUCGACAAUAAUAACAUUUUUACAGGUAAGUAAUUAGUUCUAACAAGACAGUCAAUAUUAUGGUGGUUAUAAUAUGCGGUUCCUGAACGCAUUAUGGACAGUUUAUGAUAUUUGAGUAUGUAAAAUUAUUUACGCUAAGCAAAACUCAUUAUUUGCUUAAAUAUGUUACAAAUUUUAUUCGUUUGAGCAAGGAUUUAAGUCCAGACACUGAUUUGAUAAUUGAAUCGUCUACACUUUGAAAUGAAUAAAUUUUUAAUUGUUUCUUGAAUACAUAACUAACGAAUACUUGUGCCAUAAAAUACAUUGCUCAAAUGUGUAUCGAUCGAUCGUUGCUGAAAGUCCCAAUGUCUUCCUAAACAAAUUAACGUAAACAUGAGUUAAUCAUUUGCAAUUUUUAAUAAUAAUAAUAUUAUGCUUUCGUUUCUGGUAAUUGUAAGUUGGGAUGAAAAAAUUGUACAUUUUACAAAUUUUGUUUGUAGGAAAGUUUAUGAACGUUGCGGGACUCGAACCCGCGCCUUUCGGAUCCCGUCCGACUGUAAAGUAGAUCCUGUAGAUGUAGUAGCUGUAGCCACAACCCGAGAGUUGAACAAGAUAUACCAAAAUUUACGAACCAUGCGUUACUCGAACGGUUGGCUCAGUUGGUAAGAGCGUUCCCCGAGAGGUGCAGGUUUGAGUCCCGCAUUGUUCAUAAAUUUUGUUACAAAUUAAAUUUGUAUAAUUAUUUCCGGAAGUGAGGAUUACUUAUUAUUAUUUAUCACUUUAAAAAAUAACAAAUAAUUUUAAAUAAAUUAAAUAUUACAUUCGUUUCUGGUUAAUGUAAGUUGGGAAGAAGAAAUUGAAAAACUAUUAUGUAGAAGGUGUGUGUAAUGUUUAUAUUGUCUGUGAGUUAACCUUUCACGUUUUAAAGAGAGCUUGUCAAGAAGGUGCCAAACAUAAUUGGCUCUCGGGGAUAUUUUUACAAUGUCACCGUGUGGAAUGUACAAAUUUAUAUAAAUACAUAUAUACAUAUACAAAGUAUACCGAUAGGCUUGCCCGUGGUUGUGUGAAGUAACACCAAUCGAAAGAGUGAUCUUAAAUUGUAAGUUAUAUCGUGUCAUCAUUUUUGUUUUAUGCGCAGUGUAAUAGUUUUAGUAGUGAUAAUUGAAGUACAAAUCAAUUGUUAAAGUACACUCUGGAUUUGAUUAUAUUUUGUGACACGCAAUAUUUCUUCUUUUUUCUCUGUAGUAAGGACAUUUGUCUGUGGUUUUCAAGAUGGCUGCCAUUAGAGUUUUAAAUGUUAUAACGUCGCGUGAUUAACAAACUUGUAUUGUAAAGGAAUUAUAUAUGACAAACUGAUAUGGAAUUGAUUAGUAUUUGAGACAUAUAAUUAAGUGGCGUCGUCUUGAACACAACAGAUUCGAUUCAUGCAAAGUCUUGUAUCGAUUACGCACGGCGUAUAGCUUAUUUGCUGAGUCAUUUUAGUUAUCAUACCAUAGAUCUAUCGCUGUGAACUAUGUGCGGAGAAGAAGACCUACUACUCGGGCGAAGUUACAACACAAUGCAAAGAUUUGCCCCUAAAACGAUAAUGUUUGAAUUGGCCCGCGCGUCAUUAUCAUGUACUGCCCGGUUACAUUAUCUUCGGACCUGACGUCGAUGACGUCACAUCGUCGCUUUGUUACGGUGUGCAAAACAAGCACCACUAGGAUAAUAUUACCAAUAAUUAAUAAAUUAUGUACGAUUUAUUUUUCAGUAUUAUUGUUUUGAUGUAAAGGCGGUGUAUUGUCAUGCUGAUUAUCAUUAUUAUUAUUAUAAUUCAAAGUACAAAGAUUAUUUAUAUUUCUGACAGAACUAUUAUAGCGACAUAGAACAACAGAAACUACAGAAACAACAAAAGUCAAAACGUUACAAUGAAAACAUCAAAAAUAAAGCAGUGAUAGCAUGAAAAUAUAACGACAUUUACGUAACGGUAGUGAAACUGCAAGCCGUACUGACGCAACAGGACGAACAUUAAGGGAAAGGGGAACGGGAGGGGGCAUUACGUUCCAGCGAGGUCCAGAGAUAAUGUGGCCAUGCAGUCAUAAGUCGCGGGUAAUCGAUACAAGUUUUAAAAGUACGUGAGUCAGCCUCAGCAUAGCCUAAUGUACUGACAUAACGUCAGCUGUGAUAAUAAUAGUAGAAUGGACAUCGGUGGUGCUACACGACGCAGGCCUCCAUUGUUAAUAGUUGUCGUUUAAAUACAUUUUAUGUUGCUCUUCAUAUUGUUAACAUUCCUGCAGUACGUUAUAACUGCAACUCGUUUGUUGACGCAGGUUGAUUCUCUCGCUUCAGUUGGCCGUUUCUACGUUAGGCCCGGCGACAACUAGCCCCGAUUUCACCAAUGACAGUUUAAACUGAGUUUAAUAAAACUCAGUUUUACAAAAACGCGUUCAAAUGCUAGUAUCGGUUGAACACAAAGCGAUUUCAUCAAUAAAUCUUAAGCGUGCUGACAUAAACUGAGUUUACAUGACAUAAAGAAUGUAUCAAAUACCUGUCAAAGCUGUCAUCGACAAGUAUGAACAAAAUCAAGAUCGUUACAUGACAAUGUUUCUAUUACGAUAACGAAAGUGACAGCUCUUGAACGUGAUCAAAUAUGAUAAAAGCCCAAAAUUCGGCGGUCAGCAUUUUAACGCGUUUAGGCUGCGUUCAGUUUGUGUUGGUGAAAUAAUAAUUGAAUCUGUAAACUCGUUUACAGGCGUAAGCUUAGUUCAAGUGUUUUAAUCGCGUUCUAAUUCAUGGUGAAAUCGGGCUUAGUCGUUUAUUCGCUAACAUGUUUCAUUUAGUUGUACUUAAAGAGUGUAAAUUCUAUCAUCAUCGUAGUAUACGCUUAUUUUUGAGAUGCAUUUUAAAAUGAAUGUAAGUGCAGCUGCUUUAUCGCUUAUAUCAUUCCAUUAUAUUUUUGUUACGCAGUUUUCCAUAUUGUUGCCAAAGAAAUUUUGGAAAAUAUUUUGCCGUUGCCGAAAUCAAUAUUGAUUAGUCGCUGUUAUUAAUGAGUAAAUUCAAAUAUGGCGACAUUUGCGGAGUAUUUUUAAAUAUCAAAGAAUAUGGUGGUGGUUUACAGAAAUACUUCCAUUCCGUCGCCGUUUAUAUAUCAAUACUGAACAGUUAAAUGCUAUUAUUAUGUAAUUAUUAUUAUUUAUUGAUGACUACUAUCGUAUUUUUUAUUUAUCGUCUUAAAAUUACAAGUUCCUAACCAGCUAAUUUCUUAUGACGAUCUCUCGGGGUCAAACUGGGACGCAGUUUUAAUGUUGGGAAUAACAGUCGCUAGAUGUUAUUGUUAUAUGUAAUUUAAUAAUAAUUAUUAUUAUAUUUGAAAGCGACUAAAGGACAACUGUGAUUGUGAACAGCGUUUUGUUUGAAACUGAUACGAUUGUUAACCGGCGCUGUGGGAAUUUAAUUUAUGUUUGUUGGUUACUGGCUGGAUUUUUUGAUAGAAUAGUUAUAAUAGCUCAAUUAGUCAACAAAGUUGAAGAAUCUAUUAUUUUUUUGAUAUCCUCGCUAGUUGUCAAUCUCCCGAGAUGGUUUUGAACAGAAUGUUGGUCACGUGUCACACCUGCAUGUAACGCAAUAACACUAACACCAUGUGCCUUAGCUAACGGCCCACGUUCAUAUCAUGUUAUGUAUUAUUGAUAGUUAUAUUGUACAUAUUAUAUUCUGACAUAAAACCAAUAUUUUAUAGAUGUUUUUUAAGAAAUUUGUAUAUUGUAAAGAUAAUUUUUAAUUAUGAUAUAUUAUGAUUAAUGCCUAGCUAAUAAGUGCUACAUUUGUGAAAAUUAAAUAACAUUUUAAAAU